CCCAAUUGAUCGUAUUAGAAUCCAUAGAAGGCCCAAUAUCUCGAUGAUUGUUUUUUUUUAAGGGUUUCUUUACAAUUUCCACAGCCAGCAUUCUUCCAAUUUUGAGGUUUCUCAAAACAAAUAUUGAUAUGACGAGCAACAAGGAUAAUGACUUGAAGAAGAAGAGUGAAGGUAACGUAUCCAUAGAAGAUCGUGCUAGCAAGCUCAUGGCCGAAGGAGAUACGCUGUUCAAAAACAAAGAUUGGGCUGGUGCUAUCAAGAUCUACGAAAAGGGGCUUCAUUGCCUCACCAAGGGCCACAGAUACAGAGCUAUGUUUCAUGACAGACUUUCGUAUUGUUUGAUGCACAUUGAACCUAUCAACUAUAAGAUGAUAGCCAGUCAGUGUUCCAAGGCGCUUCACAUUAAGCCUGAUGAUUCUCGACCACUUUUAAGAAGAGCUCAAGCUUAUGAAGCUCUUGGAAAGAUUAGCAUGGCUCUGGCUGAUUUAAAUAAGCUUUUAAAAGCUAACCCCACUCUCGAAAAGGCCAAGGACAUGUGGUAUAGGUUAUCCAUGAUACAGGAGUUAAAGAAAAAACGUGCAAUCGAGUUUAAGGCAUUGGAGGAGGAGUGGGAGAAAGAAGCUUCUGUUGAUAAGGAGGCAUUGGAGGAGGUACGGGAGAAAGAAGGUUCUGUUUCUUCUGUUGAUCUUGCGAUCGAGAAAUGGGACGAGGAAUGGGAGAAAGGAAGUUCAGUUUCUGAUGAGAUGGAGGAAUUAAAUAAAACAGGUUCAGCUUCUAAUGAGGUGAAGGAAUUAGAGAUCAUGGAGCUGUCCUUUGAAAAGCUGUUCAGUAGGCUCUUUGGAAAGGAAGAGAUACGUAUCCUGAUGGCCGGUCUUGAUGCUACUGGUAAGACAAUGAUCAUGGACAAGCUUAAGCAUGGAGAGAUCAUGAUCACUACGACUGCAACCCUUGAUUGCAAUGUGGAGACUGUGGAAUACAAGAACAUUAACUUUAGCGUGUGGGAUGUCUGGGGUGAAGACAAGAGGCACUACUUCCACCACACACACGGGCUGAUCUUUGUGGUGGACUGCAAUGACGGUGACAGUAUUGUGGAAGCUAAAGACGAGCUUCACUUAAUGAUGAAAAAGGGUGAGUUGAGAGAUGCAGUGCUUCUCGUCUUUGCUAACAACCAAGCUCUUCCAAACGCGAUGAACACCGAUGAUAUAACUGACAAACUUGAGCUGCACUCUCUCCAUCAACAAGUCUGGUGCAUCCACGAGACUUGUGCUUCCUCUGGAUAUGGGCUCUAUAAGGGACUUGACUGCCUUUCCAAGAACAUCGCAUACAAGAAGGAUUUUAGUGAUGCAGAGCUCAUAAUAGAUACUGAUCUUUUGGAAUAUUUCUUUGGGGAGAAAAUAUUAUGUGAGUUUGGGGCGAGACAACGAGAACAAGGUUCUAGACUACUGACAACUUCGACCUUGUAUGGAAUGGAAAGAUAGAUCGUGGCAGCCAUAUCAAGAAAAGUCUUUGGGUAGCAAGCAGAAUCCGCAUGUAGUUGAACACGAAAUGGAGUUGAAUCCAAAGCAGAAGCCCACAACGUGUUGACAAUACUACUUCUUGCAGCAGAAGCUCACAAGGUGUUACACCGUAUCCAACUUCUGCUAGGUCAAGACAUAAGGGGCAGUCGAAGGUUAGAAAUUACAAUGAUUAUGUU